AUGGUCCUUCUCUCGAUGACCGAGGACUACGCCAAGCGCUACAACGGACGCGUCUACGUUCGCGCUCCUUCGCACAGGGCCGCCUCGACGCGAGGGGGCUCAGACGAGGAGGAAGACGAAGAGGGCGAAGAGAAGAAGACCUCGCGCGCCGAUGAUACCGGAGCGGAUGACGUGCUGCAGCUGGGGCGCCUCAUCGGCAACAUCGCCAACAACGCGAUCAUCACCAACUGCCUCCUCCUGCUCAAGUACCACCGACUCAACCCAGCGGAAGUGAACCGAAGCGUGGUCGCGCUCUUGAAGAGGCUCGCCAUUGACAACGGCGACGAAUACCGCGCCUUGUUCUACCGGCUGGCGAUCGUCAAGCAGCUGCACGACGUGCUGGCCGAGCCCGAGUUCCUGUACGCGCAGGCCCUGCGCUCCCACAGUCGCACGCUUUACGCGGCGGGCGGGCUCGAGGGCCUGGACCAGGUGGCCCAGACCAUCGUCAGCGGAAUCGCCAAGCUGGCCGCCACCGACCCCUUCCACUACAUCUACCUCCUCUUCCAGAAGCCCCGCGCCGACGUCACCUUCCAGUCGCUGGCCCUCGCCCAGACCCACCCGGACGACUCUGGCGACGAGGAGGAGCGUCGAUCGGCUGCGGUUGGUCCCAGGAAGGCCCGGAAGGCCAAGAAGGCCGCGAGUACCCGGGAAGACGGCACCAGGCAGUGGAACGACGCCGAGGACCAGGUGUUGCGAGAGCUCAUGAGCACCUUUGAUGAUCUGCCAAUCGACAAACUGUUCCAAUUCCUCAGCAACGGGCUGCCGGGCAUUCGCGAACUCGACAUCGGCCGACGUCUGGUAGCUCUUGGUCUCCUGGCCGAAGAGAGCUUCGCCUCCAAGUUCCCCGCCGCUUCCUCUGCCCAGAGAGAGGGCAAGGACGCCAAUUCCCUGGCGGAUGUGUUCGGCGGGUCGGAUUCGGAUAGCGAUGAUGCGCACGAAGAGCCGGACGCCGGGUCGGCUGCCAAACGCAGGGAUCAGCAGAAGCAGAAGCAAAAGCAGCAGGACAAGGCGGCCGUGGUUCACCAAAGCACCAAGACGCCCACCAAGAUGCGCACUGGUGGCGCCAGCACGCCCUCGCGAAAGCCGAAGCCCGCGCCGAGACGAUCUGCUGCCAAACCCGCCAAGGACUUCUCAUCUGAUGACGAUGACGAUGACGACGAGAACGACGAGAACGACUGGAACUCGCACAACAUCGCGUCCGCUGCUCGCGGUAACAAGCGUUCGCUGUCAUCACUGUGUAGCUCAGAGGACAUUGAAGAGGAGGUCCUCAUGAUGAAGCUCAAUAACCUGGCCGACGAUUCGGAGGGCCUGCCUGCUCUGCAGUGGCUCAAGGCCCAAAUGCAGAAGUGCGUCAGGGAGAGGAAGAAGGCGGAGAAGAACGACGACGUGCUGGCCGGGUUCGUGCUGCGUGCAUCGGAGCGUGGGAAGCGCAACGAGUUCCUCUUCCUGGAGCUCAAGUGGCUGGGUCGGGUCAUGAGCGAGCUGGGCUUCCGGUAUAAAGAGAAGAAGGGCGUGGUGCCCUACUGGAAGAUUCCCUCGGCGCUCUCGGCUCGCAGCCUCGAGAAUCGCAUCGCCAUCCUCGACGCCGCGCAGGACAGCAUCACCGCCGAGCGAAAGCAGCAAGCCGCCGUUGUACCCAGCCGCCGCGAUCUCUUGGCCACGCUGAAGCGCAAGCGACGAGAACGCAACAACGUAGACGACAGCAAGGACGAGGACGAGGAUGCCGCCAAGAGCGACAGCGAGCGUGACGGAAGCGACGACAAGCAGAGGGACGCGGUGGUCUCUCCGGCCAAGAGGAGGAAGCUCCUGCGCAGGAGCAACGUGGCUCCUGCUGCCCAGGGGGACCUGCUUUCCUCUGAGCUCGAGGAGGCCAUCCUCGACGACCUUCUGUAG